AUGGAGAAAAUCGAUUUAUCCACCAAUGCAAGAAGCAUUGAAGAUGCUUAUUUAAGAGUUGUUAGAAAUCAAGACAUUAAUUAUGUUGUUUAUACUGUUAGUAAAAGUUCCGUCGUAGAUGUUGAAGCUACAGGAUCAGGAGAUUUAAAUGAUUUUGUUGAACAUUUCUCUGACGGACACGUUCAAUUCGGUUUAGCAAGAGUUUCAGCUCCAGGAUCUGAUGUUUUCAAAAAUUUAUUAUUAGGUUGGUGUCCUGAUAAUGCUCCUGCUAAAGCCAGAUUAUCUUUUGCUAGUAAUUUUGCUGAUAUUUCCAAUAUCUUGAAAGGGUUCCAUGUUCAGAUCACUGCUAGAGAUCAAGAUGAUUUGGAUGUGGAUGAAUUCUUAUCCAGAGUUAGUGCAGCUUCAGGUGCUAGAUAUUCAAUUCAAAGUACAACUGGUUCAGCUAAGCCAACAACUGCUAAACCAACAAGGGUUAUUCCACCUCCACAAAAAAUCGAAAAGCCAAUUGAACCAAAACCAAUCGUCCCCAAACCGGCUGCUAAACCAAGCGUUUCUUCAAAGCCAAGUUUCAUCCCUAAAUCAACUGGUAAUCCAAUCAAUGUUUCAAAUGAUUCGCCUAUCAUUAAACCUAAACCUCCAGUAACUUCCAAGCCAGUAGUCAAAUCUGAAAAUGAAGAUGAAUGGGGUGGAGAACAAGAAAUAGAAGAAAGAGAUUUUGACAAGAAACCAUUGGAAGAUAUUCCUUCUGCUUACAAACCAACUAAAGUUAAUAUCGACGAAUUAAGAAAAGGUAAGUCAGACACCAUUUCUUCUCAACCUAAACCAAAUAAACUCAAUGAAGAAAAGAAAGAAGAAGAAGCACCAAAAUCAUUAUCUGAUAGAAUGUCUGCUUAUAAAAGCAACGAAGCACCAUCUGAUGGUAGAUUAACUUCAUUACCAAAACCAAAAGUCAAUAAUUCUGUAGCUUCCAGAUACGCUGGUGGAAGUUCUGGUCCAUCCUUUGGUUCAAAACCUUCUUUCAUCAAACCUGUUGAAAAUAAAACUGAUAAGUUGGUUACUGACAAUAGAGAUUUUGCUUCUGAAAAUGGAAAGACUCCAGCUCAAAUCUGGGCUGAAAAGAGAGGUAAAUAUAAAACUGUUCCUCAAAGUGAUGAAUCACUUUCAACUCCAGAACCUGUUUCAGAAAACGAAUUAGCCGAAAAGUUCAGCAAAGUGGCGGUUGAACCUAAAGAGGAACCUGAACCUGAAGUGGAAGAAGAAGUAGAAGAAGAAGAAGUUCAAACUCCAGAAAUCAAAUCUGAACCAACUAUAAUAAAACCUUCAGCUUUCCCACCUCCUCCAGCUAGAAACUUACCUCCAAAAGAAGAACCUGUCGAAGAACCUGAACCUGAAGUUGAAGAAGAGGUUGAAGAAACCGAACCUGAAGUUGUUUCAUCUACCCCUGUACCUUCAUUACCUGCUCGUUCCCAACCAACUCCUCCUGUGACCAAGAAAAACACUGCCGUAGCCGAAUACACUUAUGAAAAGGAUGAAGAUAAUGAGAUUGGAUUCGAAGAAGGUGAUUUAAUUAUUGAAAUUGAAUUUGUUGAUGAAGACUGGUGGUCAGGUAAACAUUCUAAAUCUGGCGAAGUUGGAUUAUUCCCCUCUUCCUACGUGAGCUUAAAAGAAGAAUCUGAAGACAAGGAAUCUGACAUCCCUGCUCCAGCUUUACCUUCGAGAUCUGAACCUGAACCUGAACCUGAACCAGUUAAGUCAGAUAAACCUUCAGCAACUGCUGAAUAUGAUUACGAAAAAGAUGAAGAAAACGAAAUUGGCUUCAACGAAGGUGAUGUUAUCGUCGAAAUUGAAUUUGUCGAUGAUGAUUGGUGGUCAGGUAAACAUUCAACUUCAGGAGAAACUGGUUUGUUCCCUGCCAAUUAUGUUAAAUUAAACAAUUAA